GAUUUGUUAUUGGAGAUGGAAGGGAAGAAUAAGAUUGUGUUUCUGAAUGACAAUGUCACCAUCUCCUGCAAGGUCCCUGGUUCCACACCCCUGAACCGCACGUUUACGGGUAUUACCUGGUUAUGGAAGCAUCAGGCAGAUGAAACAGAGCACAAGGUGUUUGAAAUGUAUGGAAACCAUCAAAAGGCAUUCAGACCCGGAGCCAGCGUGUCUCUAGCUGGGCUAGAGAAGGGGGACGCCUCACUGCACCUUCCUGGAGGCCAGCUGAGGGACGCAGGAGAGUACCGAUGUGAGGUGGUGGUCACCCCCGAGAAGGCCCAGGGAACAGUCGUUCUAAAGGUUUUGGCUUCCCCAAAGUGCACCUUGUUUCGAGAACAAGCCACGGCGAAAGAUGAUGGCGACGAAGAUAUUUUGUGUGAGGCAAGUGGGUUCUACCCAAAGGACAUUAACAUAACCUGGCGUAUAUAUACCCAGGAGAAUCCCCAGGGCCAGGAGAUUUCUGACGGCAUCACCAAUGGUCCGGCCAUCAAGAAUGAGGACGGCACAUUUAACAUCACCAGCCGUUUGAGGCUGAACCACUCUCUGGAGCACAAUGUGAUGACCACCUACCAAUGUGUGAUAAGUCACAUAUCCCUGCCCACCUCCACAAUGUUGAACUUCACCCUGUCUGGGACAGCUUCCCCAAAGUGCACCUUGUUUCCAGAACAAGCCACAGUGAAAGAUGAUGGCGACGAAGAUAUUUUGUGUGAGGCAAGUGGGUUCUACCCAAAGGACAUUAACAUCACAUGGUAUAUAUAUACCCAGGAGAAUCCCCAGGGCCAGGAGAUUUCUGACGGCAUCACCAAUGGUCCAGCCAUCAAGAAUGAGGACGGCACAUUUAACAUCACCAGCCGUUUGAGGCUGAACCACUCUCUGGAGCACAAUGUGAUGACCACCUACCAAUGUGUGAUAAGUCACAUAUCCCUGCACACCUUCACGAUGUUGAACUUCACCCUGUCUGGGACAGGAUCUGAGCUGGGAAAUGCCUGGGGGACUACUGCUACUUGGAUUAUUGCUGUUUGCUGUAGUGUACUACUAGUAGCAGUCAUUGGACUGAUUGUAUGUUGGAUAAGAAAGCUGCUUCUCAGAAGAUUCAAACCACUACCACAAGAAGAGACUGAAAAAUUGCAACUCGGUGCUUUCACUAAGGUGCAUUCAUGAUGUAUUCAGAUGGAGGAGCACUGGAAAACUGGCAGUUCUUACACAGUGACAGACAGCAGAAACCACAAGCUUUCUCAGAGAAUGUGUAAGUAACUGACGUUACUUUUCCUGAUGACUGCCACAGCUUGCUCAAGAGCAGACCGUUCAAGCUGCCCUCCUGGAUAGCCUCCGACCAAUCAUCUCUUUUCAAGAAAAGGAAAAAGCAACGAUUCCCAAAGAAGAUAGACAGUUGGCCAGCAGGGAUAUAAAAAGGUGCUCAACAUCAUUAAUCAUCAGGGAGAUGCAAAUCAAAACAAUGAGACAUCGCCUCACGCCUCUUGGAAUGCCUACUAUCAAAAAGACAAGAAAUAAAACGUAGUGGUAAGGACGUGGUGAAAAGGGAAGACUUGGGUACUGUUGGUGGGAAUAUAAAUGGGUGCAGCCAUUAUAGAAAACAGUAUGAAAGUUCCAAAAAAUUUUAAAAUGGAACUACCAUCUGCAGCAAUUUUACUUCUGGGUAUUUAUCUGAAGGAAAGGAAUAUUCGAACUUGAAAAGUUAUCUGUACCUCCAUCUUCAUUGCACCAUUACUUACAAUAGCAAAGACAUGGAAUCAACGUAAGUGUCAUCGAUGGAUGAGUGGAUAAAGAAAAUGUGAUACACUCAUACAGACACAGUCAUGCGCCACUUAACAAAGGGGAUACAUUCUGAGAAAUAUAUUGUCAGGCAGUUUCGUUGUUGUGUUAACAUCAUUGAUUAUACUUACACAAACCUAGAUGGUAUACUAGUUAGCUAUUCUCCCCGUACAGUCAGGCUACACUAAAAUCAUGAAACAAUAUGAGACCAAAUCAAGCAGAAGAGAAAAUGACAUCAAGAGAUACAGUCAACAGGCUAGGCUGCUGCUAGUGUAACUCCACAUACUGUUUUUCAGCAAACUUAUUUUUUUAACAAAUAUAUUUCUUUAUUGAUUUCAGAGAGGAAAGGAGAAGGAGAGAGAGAUAGAAACAUCAAUGAUGAGA